AUGUAACAAAAUUUUGCAAACUUCUAAAUAAAAGAUGCUUAGAUUGAAAAAUUCUUUGACACCUUUAAAAAAGAACCUUUAGGUACAGGAAGAAACUCUAUUGUAUAUUUAACUCAGCAUAGAUUAUCUAGUGUAUAUUUUGCAUUAAAAGAACCAAAGAAAGAUUAGGUGUCAAAAUAAUCGAUAAUUGUACUAUAAUUAAGAUAUGUAGUCCUGGAAAUCAGAAUGAAAUUAAUAUUUUCAUUAAGUUAUGGCAAAAUAAUGAUUAAGAAUUCCCAAGAUGCAUACCUUACAUGGAAAAAUUUUCAGAAAGUCAUCAAAUAUUAAUGGAAUACAUGAAGAAUGGUUCGCUAUUAGACAUAUUAUUGACGAGUGGGAAAUUUGCAGAAAAAUUCGCACGUACCAUCGCAAUAAAUUUGUACAAUUAGAUAGGACUUUUGCAUAGGAAUGGAGUAGUGCAUUUUGAUUUGAAACCUGAUAAUAUAAUGUUUAAUGAAAAUAUGAUGUUAAAACUAUGUGAUUUAGGAUAUGCAAAUUAACCUAUGGGUUUCACACAAGGAUAUGCUUCCCCAGAAUAAAUUCAAAAUAAAAUAAUCGACGCUGAAAAAUGCGAUGUGUUUGCUUAUGGAGUUAUAAUAUUUAUAAUUGUUAUGGGGUUUCCACCCUUUUAACAUUACCAGGAUAAUUGGUACGAGAUGAUUUCUAAUUAAUAAUGGGAUCGCUUUUGGAAUAAAGUUAAACAAAAUGGUAAGCCAGAUCCAUCAGAUGAAUUUAAAGUAUUAAUAACAAAAAUUAUUGCUGCCGAUUUGAAUAAAAGAUAUAAUAUGCAAAAUAUUUCUACUGCAGUCUGGUAUACUUUGGAAAAGGCUUCAGAUUAAGAAUGCACAUAAGAAUUACUCAAAAGAAUUAGUUUGAGAAAUGUGGGGUAUUAUAAAUAUUGA